AUGAAUCCUGUUAUCUACCCCGUCCAUGAUGGCACCACACAACCCCGCCGAACAUCAAUAUCCAACCUCUCGACUGCAACGAUUGCAGGCGAGGCCUGCUCCAAGGAGGGCACCUCGUUAUGCUCUGCCUAUUUUGAGUCGGCUUUGGAUAGUUCAUGGGCCCCUAGCUCGAUGACAAUACUGGCGACUUGUACUAUGGAGGAACGUUGUCUUUGGGCUUCGGCCUUCGGAAUCUUGGCGGGAGACCUAUCUGCAUGGAUUAGACAUGCCCGGGAGUCCAGGCUAAUGCUCUCUGGCCGACGGGGAGCUGUGGGGCUUGGCUACCCCCCGCCUCCUCUGAAUCCUGAAGCUAUUAAAGCAGCAACACUCAUGGUUCAACUUCACUGCACUGUCCCAACCUCAGCUUGGACGGGUUCCCUGAGACAGCAUACCGAAAAAACCGACAAGAAGAUCCCGCGACAAAUGGCGAACCAAGAGGAGAAGUCCACCAAGGCUCCGGCCCAGAAUGCCGCCUGGGUCAACCUCCCGACUACCGUCAUCGCUCCGCCAGCUGCGGCUCAAGCUCCCACCCUCCCCCACCGGGCUUCGGAAAGGAGUUUGGCGACUACGGCUGGGUCUACGCAGGUCGACUCGUCGGCGUCGUCAGCUCUGGAGAAGGCGGAGCAUGUCUGGUCUGGAUACCUAGAAGACGAAAUCCCCGAGAAGACUCAAGGUCGCAUCGUCCGCAACCUCCGCUUCCAGAUCUUCAACCUCUACAGGCGUCUCUUCUCCGUCGUCUUCAUCACCAACAUGGCCGUGCUCAUCUGGAUCCUCGUCACCAAGGAGUACGAUGCCCAGAGGCUUGGAGGAAUUGUCGUCGCCAACGUUUUCAUCGGUGUCCUCAUGCGUCAAGAAAUCGUCAUCAACACUCUUUUCGCGAUCUUCACUAGUGUUCCCAGGUCGUGGCCUUUGAGCAUCCGACGUGUUUGCGCGAGGAUUUAUACGCUCGGUGGUAUUCAUUCUGGUGCUGGUGUUUCCGCGUUUGCUUGGUUGGUUGCCUUUACUGCGCAAGCCACCAAGGAGAUGAUGAACAAGGGAAAGACUUCUGUUCGCACUGUCGCGGUCACCUAUGUCAUCUUGGCUGAACUUCUCGGUAUCCUCAUCUUCGCCUAUCCCGCCCUCCGAAGGAAGAUGCACGACACCUUCGAGCACACUCACCGACUCCUCGGAUGGUCCGCCCUCGCGUUGGUCUGGAUCCAGUUCAUGUUCUUGACCAUCGACUACCUGCCCGAAGGACAAACCCUCGGCCAGGUGCUUGUCAAGUCUCCCCACUUCUGGCUUGUCAUUAUCUUCACGGUUUCCAUCAUCUGGCCAUGGCUCCGUCUCCGCAAGGUUGAGUGCCGCCCCGAGAUCCUCUCUAGCCACGCCGUCCGACUCUGGUUCGACUACGGUGUCACUCCCGAUGCCGGCACCUUCGUGCGUCUCUCCGACUCUCCUCUGAAGGAUUGGCACAGCUUCGCCUCGAUCGCCAUCCCCGGCCGCACCGGGUACUCCGUCGUCAUCUCCCGCGUCGGCGACUGGACGUCCAAGCACAUCAACGACCCACCGACCAAGAUCUGGACCAAGGGUGUUCCCACGGCCGGUGUCCUCAAUGUCGUCCCCAUGUUCCGCCGCGCGGUCAUCGUUGCUACUGGAUCGGGUAUCGGACCCUGCGCGCCCGUCAUCCUCCAGAAGAAGAUCCCCAUGCGCGUGUUGUGGACUGCCCCGAAUGUCCGGGAGACGUUUGGUGAUAAUUUGUGUGAUUGUAUUUUGGAGGCGUCGCCAGACGCUGUGAUUUAUGAUACUCGCAAGCAUGGCAAGCCGGAUAUGGUUAAGCUUGUGUUGAGGCUUGUUAAGGAGUUUGAUGCUGAGGCUGUUGUUAUUAUUUCGAACCAGCCGCUCACUGAGAAGGUUGUUUAUGGGUGUAUGAGUCGGGGUAUUCCUGCGUUUGGUGCUAUUUGGGAUUCGUAG